AUGCCAAGUUGGGAAACUCCUUCAUCCUCUAAAUGUUCCCUUCAGUUUGGUGUUGCACUGCCAUCUCCACAAAACAGCACCUCUGAUAACAUAUGCCCUAUAAAAAGUUUAAAUCCCUACCAAAAUAAAUGGACCAUCAAGGGAAAGGUGACGAACAAACGGCAAAUACGUCAAUAUAGUAUAGUUGCCCGGAAUGGGAAAGUGUUUAGCUUUGACAUUGUAGACAAUGAGGGUUGUGAGGUUAGGGUCACAUGCUUUGAUCAUAUUAUUGAGUUGCAUUACCAUCAUGUUGAGGUGGACGCUCACUAUGUCAUUUCAAAGGGCUCCAUAAAGGAAGCAAACACAAAAUACAAUAAAUUAAACAGCCAUCUGGAGAUCUUCUUAUCUGAUGCUUCAAUAUUGAAACAGUGCACACCUGAUGUUGGCCUUGCUCAAAAUCACUCCCCUUUCAUUCCUAUUAGUGAAGUGGUUCAGUUGACUAAUAAUACAUUGGUUGACAUCAUUGGUGUUGUUGUGUAUGUUGGGGAUGUCAUCACAGUCCAUAGAAAGGAUGGCACUCAAACUAAGAAGAGAAUUAUAAAAAUUAAUGAUAUAUCAGCUUCCACAAUCGAUGUCAAUCUAUGGGGGCCAACAUCAGAACAAACAGACCAUGACUUAAAGAAUAUGAUUAAACUUGAUACAGUUGUUAUCCUUGUUGUGCGUGUUAGAUAA